UCCUUUUGCCUUUCUGGUUUCCACUAUUGUUCUUUUGGACAUACUCAAACACAUCAAGAAUCCUCUUCUCAUCUCUCUCUCUCUCAUCUCUCUCUGUCUCUCUCUCUCUUGUGUUUUUCAUUUUUGUUUUAUUUGCUGGAACAAUUAUUUCAAAGACUAUUCAUGAGUUUCAUAUCAGUUUUGCUUUCUUUAAUUUAUUCUAUUCAUUCUGUCACUACCAAAUAGUUCUGUCUCUGUUAAAGUUCACUUUUUUUUCCUUUUCUGUUUUGGGUUUAGACUUGUUUGCAGAUCCCAGAAAAAGCAAAUACAGAUCCAUGGAACAUGAACAUGUUAUUAGUACAAUGUUAUUAGGACUCAAGAAACUUCAAACAUAAGAGAAAAAACAUGAUCGAAGGUUUUGUUUGUUGAAGAAAACAUGUCUAAUUUGACUUCUGCAUCCGGUGAAGCUAGUACUACGAAUUAUCCUCAACAAUACUUUUCUCAACCACAAACUCAAACUCAUGAUGAGACUCCACCUAAGAAAAGGAGAAACCUUCCUGGCAAUCCAGACCCGGAAGCUGAAGUUAUAGCUUUAUCGCCGAAGACACUUAUGGCAACGAAUAGAUUCAUAUGUGAGAUCUGCAACAAAGGAUUUCAAAGAGAUCAGAAUCUUCAACUUCAUAAAAGAGGACACAAUUUACCAUGGAAGUUGAAGCAGAGAACAGGCAAUGAGAUAAUAAGGAAGAAAGUAUAUGUAUGUCCAGAACCAACUUGUGUGCACCAUGACCCAUCAAGAGCCUUAGGAGACCUAACUGGUAUCAAGAAGCACUUCUGCAGAAAGCACGGUGAGAAAAAGUGGAAAUGUGAUAAGUGCUCUAAGAAGUAUGCUGUUCAAUCUGAUUGGAAAGCUCACUCCAAAACCUGUGGUACAAGAGAAUAUAGAUGUGACUGUGGAACCCUCUUCACAAGGAGAGACAGUUUCAUAACUCACAGAGCCUUCUGUGAUGCAUUAGCAGAAGAGAGUUCAAGAACUGUAAUUCAUCAACCAAACUCUCACAACAUGAUCAAUCUCCAAACUCAAGAAAUACAAGGUUUCACAUUAAAGAAAGAGCAACAAAAUUUCAGUUUUCUAAAGCCAGAAAUUCAAAUACCAUCUUGGGUUGAAUUAGAACAAGAUCUAAACCUUCACGAAAACCCUAACCCUAGAAAUGGUCCUACACCACUUCCAUCCUACCAACCAUCAUCUGCAGUUUCACCUCACAUGUCAGCUACAGCAUUGUUACAGAAAGCAGCUCAGAUGGGUUCAACCAGCUCAUCACAACAACAACAACAAUCCAUGAUCAUGAUAAGUGGGACCCACCAACAUGGUCACGUGUCUCUUGAUGACUCUCCCACCACCAACAAUAACAUGUUAAACUCAAAUGGUAAUUUUGGUUUGAAUUUGUCCUCAUGUGAGAACCAAAUGAUGAACAACUCUUUCUCUUCUUCUGGCUUUCAUGGAACAACAACCGCCAUUGAUGACGGUGGCGGCGGCACCGUUGCCGGAGGAAAUGAUGCAUUUACAAGAGAUUUCUUGGGUCUAAGACCUUUAUCUGAUAGUGAUAUUCUCAGUAUUGCUGGUAUGGGAAACUGCAUGGACUCUUCAAAUUCCCAUAAUCAACAAAACCAAACUCAAAAACCAUGGCAAGGUAAUUAGUUUGGUUGGUGUAAAUAUCUUCAUUUAUUUUUUUCUUAAAUUAAACAAAUAUUUUAAAUUUGUCCUUUUUUGUUUGUCUUAUAUUGUCAAUCUUCCCAAAGGGAAGGACCAUUUGGAAUCCCAACAUUUUCCAUUUCUUAAUAUAUGUGUAGUUUUUUUUAA